UAAGACUUUGUAAACUAUAAAUUUAGUUUAGCUGAUUGACGAUAUUGAUAUGACUGACGAUAAGAAGGAAAAGUACUUUUCCCAACAAAGCAAGAUACAGAGUGGACAGUCCGUUAUAUUCUCUGAUGAGGAACUAUUAAAUUUGAGCGUACGUGAUCUAAACCGUCACUUACGAAGUUUGUCUCCAGAGGAAAGCAGACGCUUAAAACAACGAAGGCGGACAUUGAAGAACCGUGGUUAUGCAGCUUCAUGUCGUAUUAAACGCCUCACACAGAAGGAUGAACUUGAUAUAGAGAGAAUCCAACUUCAGAACGAAGUGGAUAGGGUUACACAGGAAAAUCAAAGAAUGAAGCUGGAGCUAGAAGCUUUCCAAAAGAAAUUCCAUGAUUUAGAACAAUUUGCUAAAAGUAUCGGGAAGGGCAGUUCAUCUUACACUGGUGAUGGUAACGUCCCAACCCUAUUGCAAGUCAUGCGCCCACCGACGACUCAGCAAAAUGGUGACUCGGCAAAUACUGAAUCAAACAUGAUCAGUUAACAUAGCUAACCACAACAUUCGGUUUCUCAAUAUUAAUCGACACUUGUUGGCAUGUUACGUUGCUACUAUGUUUCCUAAAUAUCAUGAUAAUGUUGUAUAUAUGGUAUCGUUUUCGCCAUUGCGUUUGCCGCAAUUCAGUCACAGCAAUGCUUCCUACUGCAUGCAGAACAAACUAACACACACGAGUUAGUAAUAGAUAUUUUAUUCACCUAUGACUCAAAACAUGGGAAAAAUUGCAAUGCAAAUAUUUUAAUCACUAAAAAAUAACACUGCACAUGGACCUAGAGGUUAAAACCAAAAUACGAGGUAGAUAUACCACCUUUCUAGGGUGCGGCAGCUCUCCUAUGCUUCCCAAGUCUUGGUUGAAUCCGCAAUUUAGAGCAAUCUGUUCACAAAUAAGUAUAAUAAUCAAAAUACUAAAUUAGAAAAUUGUCUAUACCUGGUUUAAUAUCAUCUAUCAAUGGUUUUGGUUGGGACACCGGUUUUUGUUGAAGAAAACUCAUAAAACCAGCUUCCAAUUUUACAUCGCUGUAAAAAUAAAAUAAGAAAUUAAUAAA